AUGCCGAACGACGCGCCGCCGCCCAUCCACAGCACGAAGGACGCCUUGGACGCCCUCGCGGGCAUCCUCGGGGGCGCGCUCCCGGGCUCCAUCGCCGCGGCCGACGACCCCGCGGCCGCGCUCCUCAGCGACCCCGACGUGGCCAGCGCCGUUUCGGGACGCCUCCGCGGAUCCGGGUCGGGCGCAGGGAACGACAGCCUCUGCCGCUGGCUCUACGACGCGUUCCGGUCCAACGUCCCCGAGCUCCAGCUCGCGGUGCUGCGGUUCGUGCCGACGCUGGCUGGGGUGUACCUGUGCCGCGCCGUGUCCCGGAAGCCGCUGGCCGGGUUCGAGGCCGUGUUCCUGGUGCUGUACGCGCACGCCGCGGCGCAGCGUGGCGCCGGGGAGGCCGAGACCGUGUCGCUCCCGAACCUGGCGAACCCGAGCCCGUACCACGACGCCAAGGUGCCGCCCAAGGCCAAGCCCGCCGAGCUCGACGUCGCCGUGCUCUCCCCGCCGCUGGAGCCGCACGGCACCGUGCGCGCCACCCGACGCGCCCGCAUCGUCGGCGCGGUCCUGCAGCUCUACCACGGGAAGCUCGCGCACAUGCCGCUCUCGUCCAAGAUGGACUUCUGCGAGUUCUGUGUCGCCUGGGCGGGGACGCACAGCAAGCUGGACGGCGCCGACAAGCAGCGCCUCCCGCCCGCCCGCGACGCCGCCGGCGGCGGCGCGGAGAAAUGGCGGCGGGUGCCACUGCCGUGGGAGCUCUUCCAGCCGGUGCUGCAGAUCGUGGCGCACUGCCUGCUGGGCCCCACAGGCUCGGACGAGCUGAAGGCGCAGGCCGCCCGCGCCGCGGAGUGCCUGUACUGGAGGGCCACCGAGACGGUGGACGCGCGCGCGGUGCUGGCCACCAGGAGCCUCGUGAGGCUGUCGCAGAUGGUGGAGGAGCCGAUCCCGGAGCCGUCUUUCUCUGGCGCCAUCGAGAAUAUGGCGGAGCUAGAGGCCAUGAGGGCCAACAUUCUCAACUCGAAGAACUGA